AUGGGCGGUUUGAACUGUUCGAGGCAAAGGAGCUACUUGACGGUAGGCGCCAUGGCGGAGGAAUUUAUUCUUACAGCGAACGACCUUAUCACGGGGCCGCCAUCGCCGGUGAUUCUGCGAGACCUCGCGCCGCGAGUGUUGGAGGGCCUCAAGACGUGCAGCGACCGAUUGAGAGCUCUCUUUGAAUGCUUGCAUGCAAACGAAGUGGAGCCGUUCUGCCAGGAUGCCAUCAUCACACUACGGCGCUGCACGGCGCACAGG